GUCUCGCCUGAGGCAGUCCCCGGAGCUCCCUCCAGCCGCGCCGCCUGGAAGCCCUGCUCUGUGCCCGGGUCGCCGGCCGUGCGUUGGCCCCUGGUGAAGAGCCGCGGAGUUUCGCCGUUUAACGUGUGUCACGGCUAUACUGGGUUGCGGGGACCCGCAGGACGCCCCGAGGAGGCUGCGCCUCUGAAUCGAGAGCACUUCAGCAUCUCCUUGGGGUGCUUCCCUCUUUCUCCAACUGGCUCUAACAAGCAUCAUGAGGUUUCUAAGUGGUUUUACCAUACCUCUUGAUGCCUCCAAAGAAGAAAUGUACCCACAGGGCCAAGAAGGCAGAGCUGGUAUUCCUUGAGAAGCCGCGGGCAGGACCCAUCCAUUGCUAUGAAACUCCGCUGCCUUUGGCCCAGAAUCCCAGACGUGUGCCUACAAAACCUGUAGACCGGAGCACCUCUGCUGCCUGGGUGUGCCCACAAUUUGAAACAACUAAGCCAGUGGUGUUGAAAGCGUGCCAGAAGAAGCACCGUGGUCCUCACAGGCCUCAGAAUCAGGAUGCCAACCACAGUUUACUUCAUGCAGGAGGACCUUGUCGAAGAGCUGCAGCCUGCAAAUUUCCUCCUUUAACUUUUGAGAAUCCAGAAGGACAUGCAGGCCACCCCUUGGAUCAUCCAAAGCACUCGAGGAAGGACACACAGUGUUCUCACAGCCAGCUCAAGAAAGGGACAGCAGCAAAUGCCAAUAUCCAAGUGCAGGAUCCAGAGGACUGUACAGAACCUGCUCUCCAGCCUGUGGAGCAAGAAGCUUUUAGUCUACCAGAUGCAGAGGCUCCUCAGGUGCCUUCCCUAAGGAACUGGAGAUGCAGCAACACUCUGUCACAAAGUAGUGAUACCUGGCAUCCAGAAAAAGAGCUGGCAUUUGGUAUUGAUCCCUGUGGGAGAGGGAAGUCGGCAGCAGUGCUGGUUACAGAUACUCCCGAACAUGAGUAUGGAGUAAAGGUCACUUGGAGACGGCGACCUCACGUCAUGAAGUACCUGCGGGAGCGAGGGAAGCUGAGCGCUGCCGACAUCCUGGUGAAGGCAAACUUCGAGCUCUCGAAGAGACAGGCCAGCGCCUGACCCGGCGGGAGCGGCACCUCAGCUACGUGCGAGGACACGCCCGAACGGACGACGGCACUGCCGGGACUGAGGACAUGGGCGGGGCGGGAGCGCCUUGGCGACGGGGGUCUGUUGGGCCGGGCUUCCUUGGGGAAAAGUGUCUCUGUCGUGGGGAGUGUCCCCGGGGGAGCCCUGUGAUUCCAGUGGCUCCGCGCCGGGGCUCCUCCCGCGACUGCAGCGGAGACGGCGAUAGGGGAGGCGACCAUCGCUCCUCUGCGCGUGCGUGGCUCCGCGGCCAAUGGGCGGGCGGCGUCCUCGCGGUCCGGGCCAAUGGCGGCGCGCCUCAGUGCCGCGCGCCGUUGUUAAGGGCAGCGGCGGGCGGGGGCCCAUAGCAACGGCGGGGCCGCGAUGGAGGGAGCGGCGCGGCCUGGGGGUCCCGCCGGCCACAGGUGAGGGGGCCUGGGGAGGCGGCAAAACGACCUGGGCCGGGGCUGCCUCGCAUGGCAGCCCCCAGCGGCAGCGCCCGGUGCCGGGAUGAGUGGCCGCAGCGGGGCCCGGGCGGGCGGAGCCGCACGGCGACGGCCACGCGGGUCGGCGCUGCCCCCGUAACACUCGUGUCCCGCUUCGGGCGGCCGCCGUCCUGCUGAUUUAUGUGUUGUUGUGUUUUAUGUGCUUCACUCUUCAGCACUGUCUGUUGUGCAUCAUCUAAAUAAUUGUACAUUAAACCGGUUUUGUGGGGUCUCGGUCCACUCUUCGUUUCUAGGCGCCGCUGUGAAGCGUUUUCGCGAUGUUAUUGAGCCGUUCUGUCCCUCGUGAAACUCUUGGGCUAUGUGAUGACAUAAUCCGUGUGCCUUUGCAAGGGAAAAAGGAGAAAUAACUGAAAGGAAUUUAGCUGAUGUAAUAGGAAAAGCAGCUGUGAACUGUGGAGGUUUUGGAGAGUUUGUGCCUGUGGCACUUGACUAGCUCAAAACCGAAAUUAUUUGAAAUGAAAUGUGAGGAUACAGGCAGGCAGCGAAAACGGAUUUUGACAGAAUCAGUGUGAUUGUAAAAAACACAGGAAAACCUAUAUCUUGUGCCUCAGAUGUUUGGAUAGGGAGAAGUGAAGCAAGUAAAGAGAGACACCUACACUUCUAGUAGUUAUAAGGAACACGGUGUAGAAGAGAAAUAGUAUUUAUUUAAUACAUAUAUUAUUAGAUUUUGUAAUUUUAGCUGAGAGUGAAAAGCAGCAAAAGAGAAAAGGUCCUGUAACCGCUUGGGUGCACCAAAUAUGCUAUGAAACAGUAGAAGAUUACUUCUUUAUGCAGACUUUAAAGACUGAGGGUUGUGUACCAGUUCUGGAAACAAUUUUUGAAAAACUGAUGACCAGAUACAUGUAAAUUUUCUUGCAUAGAUAUUAGAUGUUUAAGUUAAGAGUUGAAGCUACAGGAAAUAAUGCUGUUUUUCUCAUAACAGUUCUACUGGUAUAAUUUCUUUCUGCUAAGAAAUUUGUUUUGUGUACUUUUAUGGGUCCCCCACAGAAAUAUCAUAGCAAUAAUGGCAGUUCAUGUGACAGCUGCUUCUCUCCCACCCCAGUUUAUUAAACAAACAAUCAAUUUUUUAACUUUAUUAGUCUCCAUGGUUAAAGUAACAGAACUAGAAUACACGAACUUAAAUAAAAAUGUACAGUUUUAAAAUAGAUCGUUAAGGUUUGUUAUUUUAGGGGUCCAGCUCUGAACUUACCACGUUCAUCGGCAUUGUAGUAAAUUGCAGGAAGACAAAAGUCUGUAUUCUUAGGAAGGAUCUUCUCUUUCUGAGAUGGAGAUAGUAAAAUGAUCCCUAAAUCACUAAUCUAGUCACUAGAACUCGUUUGGUAAAAUAACUGUCAGUUUUUCAAACAGUGUGUUUUAGAGGAAAAGUAAAUGUGGUGUGCAGUAAGUCACUGUUCAUAGCAAUGAAGAUACUACACUGGAAAGCUUAGAAAGACUGUACAUGAGAACUGAUUAGCAGCAUUUUUCCUUUUUUUGCCAUUUCCCACCCCCCCCCCAGAGGUGGAAUACCUUUACUAUUGGGCAAUGUGUAAAAUACAGAUAAAACUAUAAAAAGUAUUUUAUUUCUAGUGGAUAGAGGUGAAGGAUACAAGCCAAAAUAAAUGCAUACAGUUUUGUAAAUGUGCUGUGGGAUACAUGAUGAUAGAUAAAGAGGAAAGAUCUUGGCUUUAGGCCAUCUCUGAAACCUGGUUAAUCUAUCUUCCAUUUGAGGUGGCUACAACUGAAAUUGCUCAAGUUCAUUUUAUUUUAGAGUUUGAUUGAUUUUCAGGGAGACAAGGCACAACCAUCCUAAUGCUUUAGGAGAUUAUAAAACUUGUAGUGCUAUUUCAUAGUUUUGAUAAGUGCUAUACUUUCUUUCUUCCUUUGGGAAAGUCCAUUUUGAGACUUAACAUGAAAUUACUAAUGUUGAAUACAGUAGAAACAUUCAGGUAAAAGUAAUUCUAAACUAUUGUAAGCUUUUAAAAUAUUGAGAAGGAAACUUGGAUCUUAUGGUAGUAUGUAUUUUAGAAUUUUGGGGAACAAUGGACUUCACAUUUUUGUACACUAAUUACACCAUAGGUGGGAAUACUUAAAACUUCCCACAUGCUGCAUUCCCAAUGUGUUUCAACUUCCGACUUGCAGAUGUCAUGUAUGAAGAUGAUAAUUUUCAGGGUGCAAAAAUCUUGACUGAGUCUACAGAGACUACAAAACUGGAUGUCAGCUACAGAGGUCCUACAGUCAUUUGGAUGCUUCCUCGGGGUCUAGACGUGCAUGAUUUAGUGGCUUUCAGCUUGUGAACUCGGGAACUCUGGGGUACUUCCUCAGUGUCUUCAAAAGUUAAUGAAUAAAAAGAGCCUGUUGUCAAUAAGCUCAAUUUUCAAAAUAUUAUGAGCCCCCAGACUGAGAAAGGUUCAAAACUAGUUUCAAAAGUAAUAUUGGUGUCCAGCCAAAAGCCCUUUCCGUAUUUGAAAAACCUUAGUGUAGUUGAGAUUGACAGGAAUCUCAGAGGCUGCUGGGCUUGAGUGUUUUGUAUAGGUGCACCAUAAUUAUAAUAUUGAGGAAAAAAGGACAAAAUACUUCGCUUAUUAUUUUAGCUAUACUUGUAAUCCAGAGAAGACAGAAGUUUAAAAUUGCUUUUAAAAGCCCAUCGUCAUCUCUGUUAGUCCUUGGAUGUUUUUGUUUUGCCACCAGUGAGCUCCUUCAAAUUAAAAAGCAUUGUUUUGUAGGACUUGUAAUUCUGCAAAUCUUAUCCUUAGAUAAAAGAGAAUUGGUUUAGUAUCCUGUUUGCUUCACCUUUUUCAACGCUAAACAUUAUAAUCAAGAAAUCUGUCCCAAGUGAGAUAAAUCUGUAAAUAUUUUAUAAAUGUGGUUUAUAUUUACUCGUUGGAGUACAGAUUCAACAGAAAAAAUCUUUUGCAGUUUUAGUGUGAAUGAAGAAAGAAUCACCUCACUUCCUACCAGGUAGACAGCAGUGUCGAGAGAGAAAAUGUAGCAACAAUGUGUGACUGAAAUUUCCAAAUACAAUUUGAAAUUCACUUGGUAACUGCAAUUGCAAAGAGGUGUCUUAAAGUUGAACCUUGUUUGAAUUGUCUCUUCAGUUUCUAAUAAGUUCUUCUCCCAUCUCUUAUUACUUAGUUUUGAGGUUGCAAAAAAAUGACUAUUUUUUUAUAGAGAACCAUUAUUUUUAUCUUCUGCUUUUUUAAACACUGUUAAUGUGGCAUCUGUAGAGGGGACAAAUGCCCUGACUUAACAUAAUUAUGGCUUUGUAUGUGUGAAAACUUUCUGCAACCAGACUUGCACUGGAAUAGCUCUAGAUUCGUGUUUUGUCACCGAGGCACAGUUGACUGAUCUCCAAAAUAAAACUGUUGAUUGUAUUGUAAUUGAGUCAUGGGAUGAAUUCUCUUCUAAGUGGAUUUCUGAUGUGCUUAGAGAAGUUGUUGUAGACUACUCCAAGAACAUUUACACUUACUUCUAGAGCUCUUUAAAACAUAUAACCUCUGGGAUGUUUGAACUCUUAGCUGCCUGUGUUAUUGUAAUAGGAGUCUGUGGUCGCUUUUGCGCUCCUUUCUGACUUUGCAUUCUUGUGUGAAAUCUGAGGCAAAAAAAAGAACAAGAACCUAAAUCUAGCAGUGGUAUCUUGCUGAGUCACACAGUUUGAGAUGGAAAUUACAUUGCACUGUUUCUAUCUCUUUAAUGGCUUCCCCUUUCAAUCUUUUAAAAAUGUAAAAAAUGCUGGACUGGAAAUAAAAGCCCACAAUCAGUUCUAGAGCGUCAGUUCAGAAAAUUUCAUGUUCUUUCCUGUUUUUAAUUCAAAAGACUAUAAAACAAGUGCAGUUUGUGGUGUGAAGUGUGAUGCAAAUUAUUUUCAGGGAACUUUGAGUUUUGUUACCUGGUCUGGGUUAAGCAUACCACGUGCCAUUUAACUGCUGACUUUGUUGCUAGGAAAGAAUAGAGACUGCUCUACAUUUCACUGGUUUCAUGUUGUAAUUAGGUACAACAUCAACAAAAGUGACAGUCAGGGUUUAAUAAUUUACUAACAGAAGAUCAUAGGAGUCAGAAUUCCAAGCCCCUGUGGAUCUUGCUUUGCCUUUUCCUUGGGCAGAGCUAUUUCUGUAAGUGAAAUGACCAUAGGGAUUUGGAGCACGUAAUUGAGAGGACAUUAAAUAGAAAGCUGGUGUUCUGCUUGUGGAAUAAAUGUUUCUUUUCUUUAGGAGAAACCUAAGUCUCAUUAAGUUCACCUGAAUAAACAUGAUUUUGGAAGCAUAAUGCUCUGUAUUUGUAGGGGUAGUUGAGCUGAAAAGUCCUUACUCAAGGAGUCACCAGCUGUGAACUCUUGAAGGAAUGUGCCUGGCAGGAGGUUCCUUGUCUCCCUUUUCUUGAAAGUAUUUAAUAAAAUGCCAGUUGAAAACCCCUGUCUGGCUACACACUUAAAGAUAAGUUUAUGUGAACGUUCUUAUAGUUGUCUUUGUGCCACCUUCCCAGCAUCAGUGAUGGCUUUAAUGGUUGAUGGCUUGUGUGCAUUUCUGGCUGCUUUUGGCCUUCCUUCCAGGAAAAGAAUACUCCUUUCACUUUAGGUUUGGUGAAACAAAUUACUUGAGAUUUUGGCUAAGGAAAACAAGAAUCUCCUUUCCAUUCUUCCAGUAUAGUAUAGUAGAGAAUGACACAGGUUUUUGUUUGCGCUCUUCUUUAUAGUCCAAAUAGAAGAUCUAGUAGCUUCUGUCCAGAGAGUGCUGUUUGUUCUCAUUGCUCUGUUCCCUUGUUCCUAGGAGGAGCUAGUCUUUGGUACUUUAUGACUCAGUUUUUGAAUGGCAUGCAAACACUAAGAAGUACAGUAGACAAAAUAGUUCUGAGCUUAGAAUGUAACUAUUUCAUGAUGCUUUUGUUCCUGUUGCAUUUUCUUGUGACAGUCUGUAUUCUUUAUUGUCAUCUAGUUUGUUCUCUCAGGAUCUAAACUAUCUCCAUUUAUCUUGUGAUCUCUAGAACCCAAACAGACAGAAUCAUGGAGGUUGGAAGGGGCUUCUUGAGAUAUUUAUGUAUAUAUAAUCUUCAGAACACCAACCUUUUUGGGGUUGGAUUUUUUGGGGGGGGUGAGGGAGUAGUGGAUGUUUUGAUUUGUGUGGUUUUGGCAUGCUUCUAGUCCAUGUGACUUUAAAGUGAAAUUAUCAGGUACUUUUCUAUAAAGUAACAUUAUUAAACCUGGAGGUAGGUAGAAGCAGAAGUUUUAAAGGACUAACUUGCCUUUUUGUUUCUUUUGGAUCUUUUUUAGUAACUUGUAAAUUGUUCAGAUAGUUGGUACAAGUUAUUGGCAGGAACAUGUAGUACUCAGAGGAUUCAGGUGUAUUUUGAAGUGAAGUAGGACAUACAGAUCUCAAGGCUUAUCUCUAGAUGCUCCCUCCCUCCAGCCUGCUCUGACAUAAUUUAUUGUUCUUAUUAGUUAAUGUUAUACUUAUUUUGCAAUAUUCUGAGAUAGGGCUUACUCAAUCUGUAUUAUGUGGGACAUAAUUUCUAUAUUAAAGCAUAUCAAAGACA